GACGCGCCACCCCAACUGGCCUUUAUUCCUCCUAGUUCCCUCUGGGCUCGAUCUCCACCCACUGGGACUGCUUUCCCUUCCUGGUUGCCUGCUCUGGUCCACAGCUGUUGUGGCUAAGGAUGCUAAUGGCCCAGGUUCCCUGGGGCUGCCACCUCUCUCACUGUGUGGUGGGGGGUGGGGGAUGGAUGGUCUGGACUGUAAGGGAAAUGCUAAACUCUGGGACACCCCCACCUCCCUUUCCACCCUCAGCAGCUCGUUUCCUCCUUUAUCCCUCUCCUGGCCUUCCCUGGCUUCCUGCUCGCUCCGGCUUCCCCAUGUGGGCUAGGAUUGAUCCCGAGUUCCUCUUAACUCCUUCCUUUCCUUUCUUCCCCCUCUUUUUCUUAUUCUUCCAUUUUUCUUUCCUACCUGGCACCUUUCUCCUCCCCAGACAGACUACCAGUGGUUAGAAUUGGGCAAGGGAGAGUAGCCUGGCUAGCACAAAUCGUGCGGGGACGAGUCUCAGUCCCUCUGAGCCUGUGAGUCAGCGUUGUCCUUGGGAUUGGUCUCUCUUCUUAGUUCCCCGCCCCUGGGGAGGGGCCAGUCAGCUCUGGGUCCAGCCUGUACUCCUCAGCCAGAAGAGGCUUCCUCGCUGGGCUGGGCAAGGAUGUGGCCUGAAACUGUCUAGGUCUGACGUGGGAGAGCAGAGGCCACUUGUCCUUCGCCUCCCUAGGUCCUCUGUUAUCACCAGGCUGCAGAGGUCAAACCAGGCUCACGGCCUGGGGAUGCCCCCUGCCUGGCCCCCUUGCCUGAAUUUGGCAGGGGGGCCGGGCCGGGCCGGGCCAGGCAGAGGUCCCCCUUCUCACCCCAGCCAUGGAUCUUCUACCCCCGAAGCCGAAGUACAACCCACUUCGAAAUGAGUCUCUGUCAUCGCUGGAGGAGGGGGCUUCAGGGUCUACCCCCACAGAAGAGCUGCCUUCCCCGUCAGCCUCGUCCCUGGGACCCAUUCUGCCUCCCCUGCCGGGGGACGAUAGUCCGACUACCCUGUGUUCCUUCUUUCCCCGGAUGAGCAACCUGAAGCUGGCCAAUCCUGCUGGGGGGCGCCUGGGGCCUAAGGGGGAGCCAGGAAAGGCUGCUGAAGAUGGGGCGGGGAACGCAGGGGCAGCCCUCCGGGACACAGGCCUUCUGCCCCUCCUCCAGGACAUGAACAAGCUGAGUGGAGGCGGCGGCGGCGGGCGCAGGACUCGGGUCGAAGGGGGCCAGCUGGGGGGCGAGGAGUGGACCAGACACGGGAGCUUUGUCAAUAAGCCCACGCGAGGCUGGCUGCAUCCCAACGAGAAAGUCAUGGGACCUGGGGUUUCCUACUUGGUUCGGUACAUGGGUUGUGUGGAGGUCCUGCAGUCAAUGCGAGCCCUUGACUUCAAUACCCGGACUCAGGUCACCAGGGAGGCCAUCAGUUUGGUGUGUGAGGCUGUGCCUGGUGCCAAAGGGGCAACGAGGAGGAGGAAGCCCUGUAGCCGCCCACUCAGCUCCAUCCUGGGGAGGAGUAACCUGAAGUUCGCUGGAAUGCCAAUCACGCUCACUGUGUCCACCAGCAGCCUUAACCUCAUGGCAGCAGACUGCAAACAGAUCAUUGCCAACCAUCACAUGCAAUCUAUCUCAUUCGCGUCUGGUGGGGAUCCGGACACAGCUGAGUAUGUUGCCUAUGUUGCCAAAGACCCUGUAAAUCAGAGAGCCUGCCAUAUCCUGGAGUGUCCUGAAGGGCUUGCUCAGGAUGUCAUCAGCACUAUCGGUCAGGCCUUUGAGUUGCGCUUCAAACAAUAUCUCAGGAAUCCACCCAAGCUGGUCACCCCCCAUGACAGGAUGGCUGGCUUUGAUGGCUCAGCUUGGGAUGAGGAGGAAGAAGAGCCACCUGACCAUCAGUACUAUAAUGACUUCCCAGGGAAGGAACCCCCUCUCGGCGGGGUGGUAGACAUGAGGCUUCGAGAAGGGGCCGCUCGACCCUCUCUGCCCACUGCCCAGAUGUCCAGCCACUUGGGAGCUACACUGCCUAUAGGGCAGCAUGCUGCAGGAGACCCUGAAGUCCGUAAACAGAUGCUGCCUCCCCCACCUUGCCCAGGCAGAGAACUCUUCGAUGACCCUUCCUAUGUCAACAUCCAGAAUCUAGACAAGGCCCGGCAAGCUGGGGGUGGGGCCGGGCCUCCCAAUCCUUCCCUUAAUGGCAGUGCACCCCGAGACCUCUUUGACAUGAAGCCCUUUGAAGAUGCCCUUCGUGUGCCUCCACCUCCCCAGGCCAUGUCCAUGGCCGAGCAGCUCCAAGGGGAGUCCUGGUUCCACGGGAAGCUGAGCCGGCGGGAGGCCGAGGCGCUGCUCCAGCUCAAUGGUGACUUCUUGGUGCGAGAGAGCACUACCACCCCUGGCCAGUACGUGCUCACUGGUCUGCAGAGUGGGCAGCCCAAACACCUGCUGCUGGUGGACCCCGAAGGCGUGGUUCGGACGAAGGAUCACCGCUUUGAGAGUGUCAGUCACCUCAUCAGCUAUCACAUGGACAAUCACUUGCCCAUCAUCUCUGCGGGCAGCGAACUGUGUCUACAGCAACCCGUGGAUCGGAAAGCGUGAUCCUCAGUCUUUCCUGGAUGCCCUCCGUCCCUUUCUACUGUGUUCUGUAACUCUUGGGACCUCUGUUCUGUGGGUCUGGCCUUGGGUGGGAACUGGGAGCCGUGUGGACACUGGGUGCUCACCUGAGAGGGGUUUUAGUUCAGAACCUGGGGUAGCAUUCUGCUUCUGCCCAAACCUCACCAAAGUAUUAAUGUACAGAGUGGUCCCUUGCCUGGGCCUUGUCUGUGCCAACCUGAUGCCCUUCCCCCAAAGGGUGGGUUCUUACAAUGGAAAAUGCCCUGUGCUGAUAGGCCCAGUGGAGCAGUUGCCCUUCGGGGGAAGGGAAAUAAUCAUACCUCUGGUUUACCCCUGGUCUUCAGGGUACCCCAGAUCCCUCUGAACAUAUCCUGCUCCCUGUGCAUCCCCUUACAACUUUGUGCCUUCGACUAUCUCCUAGGUCUGCAGAGACUCUGUGCAAAGAGUUCUCAGGCCCUUCAUGGAUGGGGCUGCUGCCACCUGGGCUUCUAGAGCCUUGUCAUGCCCAGCACCCCUUCCUGUGUUUGGGAAGAACAGGCAGGAGUGGGCAGCUCUCUCCUCUGCCUUUUGACUUGCAGUCCUUAAGAGAUCGCCCCAAGCUGGGCUUGGUGGUGCACGCCUUUAAUCCCAGCACUCAGGAGGCAGAGGCAGGUGGAUCUCUGUGAGGCCAGCCUGGUCUACAGAGUGAGUUCCAGGACAGUCGGGACUAUGUAGAGAGACCCUGACUCCAAAAACCAAAAAGAGAGAGACAGAAAUUGCCCCAGCGCCCCCUCCUGGUGGCAGGGGGAGGGGCCGGAUUGGACCGCUGCCUUGCUCAGUGCCUCCUGGCCUUGCCCCCCUUCCUCCAAGGGGUCUAUACAUUUCUUAAGCGCCCCCCCUCCAUGAUUGCAUGUGUGUUAUAGUCUACAGCCAAAGCAUAGCCCUUCUUCCUGCAACUCCAUCCAGUCUCCCUCUUUGGGGAUGGGUGUGUGUGACUGACUUGGCCUCCAGUGUGUGCAGUUAACCUCGGGGUGGGUUUUGUGGAGGUGUUAAGACUGAAGCAUCAGACAAUCCCCAAUGCCGUUUGUUGGUCUGGAACUGCACUGUUUUUUUUUGUUUGUUUGUUUGUUUGUUUUUUUGUUUUUUUUUAACAUACACGCAUUUUAGGGCUGUAGAUUUAUUUUCCUGAUUUUGUUUCUGUUGCUUACUUUUCAGCACAAAUUAUGAUAGUCGAUUACAUUUAUACAUCACCUCGUUGACUUUUCCAAACCUUUUUUUUUUUUUUUUUUUAACUGUUGGGAUUUUACUCUCUCUGGCCUGAAAGGCACUAGGACAGGGUUCGUUUUUCUUCUUCCUCAAGAGAUCUGAGAAGAAGUUUGGUUAAACAGUGUUGUGGGGUCAUGAUGUGAAAGCUCACUGCAGAUCCUACAUUCUGCCUGUGGGCCGAUGCAUUCAGGACAGAAACCUUGCAAGGAGGGUAGACUGGUUUUCAAUCUUGGCCUAUUUUUGGUUUGGCUGUCUUAUACCAAAGGGAAAUAGUCUUCAUUAAAGUCCAUAUUUCUUCUA